UUUUGCUGUUGUUAGUUUUUCACAAACAGAAGUGCCACCUAGUACACUGGAGGAACGGGCAGAGGUGAAGUCGAGGAAGGGGACAGGGAAGUGUCCGAGAGGAGGAUUGUACGGCUUGUCUUCGAAUCUACGGUGUGGAGAUCUCUUUAUUCCUAUCCAGGAGCAAAACCAAUAGAGAGUAUCGGAAAAAAAGAGGGUUGAAAGAAAUUAAGAAAAGACAGAGCGCACACAAUGGGUCUAAACUGAGCAACAAUGAAGCAAUUGUUGUUGGGUCUGGCCAUUUGGCCUGUCUUUUUCUCGCUCCAGCAGCAAGUUAAUCCACAUGAGUGUAGCAGCAACAAUUAUGUGAUCAAUGUGAUGCUUAUGAAUUACUCGGACCUCCCAUCAUCUACUGAUAAUUUGGAAUUAGCUGUGAAGCAUGCCUUGAAAAGGGUACAAAAUGAAUUCCAGGAGACAGGAGCAAAUGUUACAGUCAGUGCCACGUUCCACAGCUAUACCUCAUCAUUCUAUGUCUCACAAGGCUGUCGUACCAGCACCUGUGAAGGUGUGGAGCUCAUCAAGGAUAUUUAUAAUAAGGGCACACUUGGCUGUGUUGUCAUAGGACCUGCUUGCACUUAUGCUACCUACCAAAUGGUCUCAGCUGACACAAUACUGAGCAUGCCUCUGAUCUCUGUAGGGAGUUUUGGACUGUCCUGUGACUACAAAGUAAACCUAAUUCGCCUUCUGACCCCAGCCAGGAAAGUGAAUGAUUUCUUCUAUUAUUUUUGGAAAGACUCUCAACUGCCAUUCAAAACCACAACCUGGGAAUCUACCUACAUUUAUAAGAGGAACAAUAGCUCGGAGGCAUGCCUGUGGUACAUGAAUGCGCUAGAUGCUGGAAUCACACAGUUUUCUGAAAAACUGAAUUUCAAGGAGAUUUUAAGGACUCCGGAGCAGCUUCAAAAUACUGUGAAAGAUCCAAACCGAAGAAGCAAUGUGAUCAUCAUGUGUGGCUCUCCAGAUGACGUCAGCUCAGACCUAGGGACGGGGGAAGUGGAUAAGGACAUUGUUAUCAUCCUGAUAGAUCUCUUCAAUAACACAUACUUCAGGAACAACAAUUCAGCUCAUUACAUGCAGAAUGUACUUGUCCUAACUCUGCUACCAGAUGAUUACAGUGUGAAUAUUGCAAAGACUGAGGAUGCCACCCUGAUGGAAGAUGACUUUGUUGUUGGCUAUUUUAAUGCAGUCUUGCUGUUUGGACAUAUUCUGAAGAAAUUUGUCUCCUCACAGAGGCCAGUAUCACCUCUCAGUUUCAUCAAUGAAUUCCGAAAUACCACUUUUGAAGGUGUCCUGGGUCCUGUGUCUCUAGAUGAAUUUGGAGACAUUGAUACCAACUUGACCCUGCUGUACACACCACUAACUGCAAAUCAUUUCAGAGCUCUUCUGUAUUUCAACACUCAGAAGAACGAGACUCACAAGGAGACUACCAGUCCAGAUUUUGUCUGGAAGAACCACAAGUUGCCCAGUGAUAUUCCAGGCACUGGCCCACACAUCUUGACCAUUGCUGUCUUUACACUCACAGGAAUUGUGAUUCUGGUUCUGAUCAUCUCUUUGCUGAUUCUAAGGAAGUACAGGAGAGAUAAUGAGCGUCGGUGGAAGAAAUGGUCCCACAUACCACCUGAGGAAAUCUUGCCUCUGGAGACCAGUGAGACAAGUCAUGUUAGUUUGAAGAUUGAUGAAGAUAAGAGACGUGACACUACUCAGAGACUGCGCCAAGGCAAAUACGACAAGAAGGUGGUGAUCCUAAAGGAUCUCAAAAACAGCGAUGGUAAUUUCUCAGAGAAGCAAAAAAUAGAACUGAACAAGCUCCUACAGAUUGAUUAUUACAAUCUGACCAAGUUCUAUGGCACUGUGAAGAUAGACACCAUGAUCUUUGGGGUGAUCGAGUACUGCGAAAGAGGUUCUCUGCGGGAUGUUUUAAAUGAUAAAAUCUCUUACCCGGACGGCACAUUCAUGGACUGGGAAUUUAAAAUCUCUGUCAUGUAUGAUAUUGCCAAGGGGAUGUCUUACCUACACUCCAGCAAAACUGAAGUCCAUGGUCGACUCAAAUCCACAAACUGUGUAGUAGAUAAUCGCAUGGUAGUGAAGAUCACUGAUUUUGGCUGUAAUUCAAUUCUUCCUCCAAGGAAAGACCUGUGGACAGCUCCUGAGCAUCUCCGUCACGCUGAUGUAUCUCAGAAGGGUGACGUAUACAGCUACGGGAUCAUUGCCCAAGAAAUCAUCCUGCGCAGGGAGACCUUCUACACCAGACAGUGCUGGGACAACAAAGAGAAACUUUACAGAGUGAAGAGUGGCAGAGGAGCGAAGCCUUUCCGACCAGACUUGUCCUUGGAAACAGUGGGAGAAAGAGAGAUGGAAGUGUAUACGCUAGUGAAGAGCUGCUGGGAGGAAGAUCCAGAGAAAAGGCCUGACUUUAAGAAAAUUGAGAGUACUCUGGCUAAGAUAUUCAGUAACUACCAUGGCCAGGGCAAUGAAAGCUACAUGGAUACCCUGAUCCGGCGUCUACAGCUGUAUUCUCGGAACCUGGAGCACCUGGUGGAGGAAAGGACAGAACUGUACAAAGCAGAGCGAGAUAGAGCAGACAGGCUUAAUUUCAUGUUACUUCCAAGGCCAGUAGUAAAGUCUUUGAAGGAGACUGGCCUGGUAGAGCCAGAGCUAUUUGAAGAAGUCACUAUUUACUUCAGUGACAUUGUUGGCUUCACAACACUCUGCAAAUACAGCACCCCUAUGGAGGUGGUAGAUAUGCUGAAUGAUAUCUACAAGAACUUUGACCACAUUCUGGACCAUCAUGAUGUUUACAAGGUGGAGACCAUUGGUGAUGCGUACAUGGUGGUGAGUGGUUUACCAAAUAGGAAUGGCAACCGGCAUGCAGUAGACAUCUCCAUGAUGGCUCUGGACAUCCUCAGCUUCAUGGGAUCUUUUGAACUGAGACAUCUGCCGGGUCUGCCUGUUUGGAUUCGCAUUGGAAUUCACUCUGGUCCAUGUGCGGCUGGUGUGGUUGGAAUAAAAAUGCCUCGUUACUGUUUGUUUGGAGAUACAGUGAACACAGCUUCGCGGAUGGAAUCCACAGGCUUGCCUUUAAGGAUUCAUGUAAGUGGCUCCACUAUUAACAUCCUGAAAAGAACAGACUGCCAAUUCCAGUAUGAAGUGAGAGGAGAAACGUACUUGAAGGGCAGAGGAACAGAAAUUACCUACUGGUUGACGGGUACCAAGGACAAGAAAUACAAUCUCCCAACACCCCCUUCUGUGGAGAAUCUGCAGCGGCUACAAGAUGACUUAGCAGAGAUGAUAACAAAUAUUCUUCAGAAAAGAGAAAAUGAAGGGUUCAAGACAAGGGAGCUAACACGGGUAGCUAGCUACCGAUCAGGUACCCUGGAAUAUCUGCAACUGGCCAGCACAGAGAAAUCUGUCACCUAUCUUUAAAACUGGAUUUCUAGUAUGACUCAAAAAGAUGCAGCAACACUCUGGAGUACUACAUGUGAAGGCUGGAAACUUAUACUCUCAGCGAGAGGAGAAAGAAAAUAGCUUUUCAAGCAUCCUUUCUACCAUCCGACCUGCUAUCAGCAAAUCAAACCUCUCUUCACUGUAGCAUCCAAAUUGUCAGAUGACUUCAAUAGGACACACUAGCCUGAUUUGAGGUAAAUGAAAAUAUCUGUACUUGAGUUUAGAAAAUAGAGGGUUUUUUUUUGGUUUGGUUAGUUUUUUAAAUGUGAUAGCCUGUUCAAUAAUCCACUUCUGAAAAUAUUCACAGCAAAGCCUUAAUUUUUAAUCAUUUUUAGAUGUUGUAUUUAAUUUGUAAUUUUUAUUUGAAGAAUGAUUUCCUGUAAUAUAUUUGCAAAUAGUAUUAAACAUACGAUAUGUAAAUCCUGGAUAUAUUGCCAUUUUGUUGCUUCUGUUGUUUUCCCUUUUGUCUCACAUGUAAUCAAGUUGACUAUGUUCAAGAGGCAACACUUCUGUUAUUUACCUUGAGAGAUUACUCCAGAAGCUAUAUGAUUUCUGAAGAUUAACUGAAUCUCUUGGGCCUGCAAAACAAAACUGGAAAUCUUGUGAAAAACAGACACUUUCAUAUCUUUUCUCCACUUCUGCUUCUGUCCCCAAAACAGAAUUGCAACAGAAAUGAAGGAAAUAAACUUAUCUGAAUUUCUUAAACCUCAGAAACUUUCAAUUCCACUUCUGGAUGAAGUUUCACAACGAGGCACAACUCAGGUUUUACUGAAAUGGCUCGCUCAUUAACUCACACCAUGACAUUUAUAAACAGCUUUUAAAAGCAACCAAAGUGCAGGUGGUACAUCUAAAAGAAAAUCAGCAUUCACAUGAAGGAAUAACUCCUAGCGAGUGAGAUUUUUGCAGUGGCCUCUCUGGUGCAUUGGUGGGUUUCAAAGGAGAGCUACUUCUUUCACCAUUGUCAAAUAUCAGUCAGUAUUCAAACCAUAAAACUUGCUGCAAAACCUUUUUUUUAAUGCUUUUGAACAGCAUUUUUGUCCAAGUUAAACAACCUAAAAAUGAUAAAAAAGAGCAAGCCAUUUGCCUGUGUUUUAUCUUUAUCAACCUAAACUGGUUUUGCAAGAACACACACACAAAGAACAACCUAGGUGUAAACACACAGAUCUGUAGUGCAAAGACGCCUGGAAAAAAUAAAUCAGGAUGUGCUGUAGGGCUGAUACUCUUGCCUACGGAAUUCAAAUUUCUACACCAAGGAACAUGAUAUAGGCAGAAAUAGCAAACAGCAUGUAACCAACAGUCGUAACUUUCAUGUUAUAUGUAACCAAUUAUAAACAUGGACUGGCACUAAUACCACAUCAUUACUUCUUUGGUCUGUGUCCUAAUGGAAGUGUUCAUUGGGAUAAGGAUAGAAAGAAAUGUCUGGUAUUCUAAAACUGGUAUGUUUUAAAAAGACUACCAGUACAGUAAAAACGUAUAAAGUUUGCUAUUUCCUGCCCCAUGGUGAAAAUCUACAAGCUUCGUCUCCAUGUCUGCAUUCUUGGGUGUGACUGCUAUGCUUCUUGGCACCAUGGGACUAUUCUGGUUGCUCUAUCUGAUAAGCUUAGUUAGUGUAGCUGUAAUGCAGUGAUGAGUGCUGGUCUCCUCAGGCCCGAAGAAGCACACCACGACCACCACCACCACUACUACUACUAUCUUAAGCAGAGUUGCUCUGAUUUUUGAAGUGAUCUAAGUCCAUUUUUAAAGAGGAGCGUCACGGGUUCCAUCCUUGAUGCCUCUAGAUACAAAAUACAGCAAACAUCUGCUGAAACGGAUUGUUUAGUUAAACAGUGUUUAGUUUUCAGUAGCCCUUCUCUUUCCUGCAUUCUUCAGAUCAUAAAUUUCAUGUAAUUCAUUGAAGAUAAAUAGUAACCUUAGCAAUAAGUUGAUAGACCCAUCUUCUAGUAGGUUUGCUUUCUACAUUGUUCUGUCCCUGCACAUAUCUGUCACCCAUACAUCACAAUAAAAUCAAUUUUGCCUUCCCUUUAAAAAAAUUUGCUCCUGGUUUCUGGAUUGAAUCUGUCUUAGAUUCAGUGCCUUACCAUUGCAUCUUGUUAUCAAAUGUUAGGUGAAAGAGCCCUCUACAAUCAGUAAACCUAUCACUGAAGAUCCAGUUAUUCAUCUCUCCUUUUUAUUAAGCAGUAAAACGUUAUAUUAAAAACUUACUGUGAGAUACAAUUUUAU